GUGAGAGCCUUAAUGAUGCUGCAUUGGAUUGCUGCUUCGGUGGGGAUAGUUCCAUGCACAGUGGCUCAGGACCAGCUAGCAUUUCCGGAGAACAACGUCUCCGCCGCGUUCGUGCUGCACAAGAACAGAAACAGGCUCGUAUUUACCAAGAAUUUCUUGAGUCUCAACGUCAAGCAGAAGAGUUGCGUCUUAAGCAGCAAUUGGAAAGAAAGCGGCGUAUAG